AUCAACAAAAUUGAAUGAAGUAAAAGAGAUCAUAAAUUUAAUGAGCAAAGCAAGUAGCUUCUGAGUUUGGUGUUUCACCAGCUGCAACUCAUCACUGUCACUCCCUCGAACCUCAUCAAUUCAAUUCAAUUCAAUUCAAAAAGAAAAAAAUGCUGAACCCAACAAGAGCAGAAGCAGAACGGUUACUAGGAAUCUCAGAAAAGCUUUUACAAAACAGAGAUCUAAUGGGUUCAAAAGAAUUCGCAAUUUUAGCACAAGAAACCGAACCCCUUCUAGAAGGUUCCGACCAGAUCUUAGCAAUCGUCGACGUCCUAAUCGCUUCCGAAAAGCGUGUCAACAAUAAUCCCGAUUGGUACUCCAUUCUCCAAAUCGAUCGACGCUCCGACGACCUCGACCUCAUCAAAAAACAAUACCGCCGUCUCGCUCUCCUCCUCCACCCCGACAAAAGCCGAUUUCAGUUCGCCGAUCAUGCUUUCAAGCUCGUCGCCGAUGCUUGGGCUGUUCUCUCCGAUCCAAUUAAGAAAUCUCACUACGACAAAGACCUAUCGUUUUUCGCUCGUGUUGAUUUAUCUGUUCCCGGUUGGGUUCAGCAAGAUAAAUUACCGGUUCGGAGGACCGGGCCUGUGUCUGGACCCGGACCCGGUCCGAGAAACAGUGCUGCAUCUGCUAGAGAUGAGAUUUCGGCAGAUGAAAGCGCGCGCAGGAGGACCGCGACUUUUUGGACAGCGUGUCCUUACUGUUACCGUUUGUAUGAGUAUCCUAAGGUAUAUGAGGGUUUCUGUUUGAAAUGCCCUAAUUGUGAAAGAUCCUUUCACGGUGUUAAUGUUCCGUCGUUACCGCCGUUAGUUCCAGGACAAGAGGCUUAUUAUUGUUGCUGGGGUUUUUUUCCUAUGGGGUUUGUGCUUGGUAACUCAGAUGACAAAGAGCCUGAGCCGGUGGUGGUUGAACCUGUUUCUGAACCAGUUCCAGUCUCGGUUCAGCCUCCUUCUUCGCUUCCGAAUUGGAUGCCUGCACCAGUACCGGUCGAGAAUGGUAGAAAUAAUGUAAUGCCGGUAGUGCCCGUUACGACGCCGGCAAGGGUGGCAACUAGGUCCGGUGUUGUUUCGAAUGGUGUUGGCCCGGGAACGGGUCCGAGGAAGCGUGGAAGGCCAAGGAAGUAUUAUUAAUUUGUGUAUUGAAAACAUCAACAUCAAAAUCAAGGUGGACAAUAAUCGAAAAGUUUUUUGGGAGAUGGAAUGUGGCUUAUGUUGGCUUUUGAUGGGACUCGCUUUGCAGUGAGAAUAAGUUCUGAAGUCCCUCUCUUAGGCUUAAGUCACUGAUGAGGAAUAAUGAAAAUACUCAGAAGAUAGGUGGAAGUGAGUGAGCAUACCUUCUUAAUCGGAGGGGGGUUUUGUUACUUAAUUUCUUCCUUCAAUAUUUCCACAGCUCAAGUCUUUCUAUUGUCUUUGUGAAAUCAGACAAAGUUCACAGCAACUAUAGUCCAUGCAUGAUGAGUAUUUUUGCAAUAGUUAAGUGCUUUGUAAACUUAUUAUUUUUAAAACUAAAAUUGGGAACACAUUGGAUAAGGCAUAUACCAAGUGUUUGUCAAUGUUUUAUUCCUAUGUGUUUAAAUUUUUUUACUUAGUUUCUUAUGUUUUGGUUGCUUGCUUGUAUUGCAUAUGUAAGCUUAAUUGCUUAACUAAUUCAGAGCAUUGGUUUCAUUAA